AAAAGAGGUCGUUUUAUUUUCACACUGAAUAACAAGCAGUAGCUGCUGUUUGAGGCCCAGCAGUCUGAGCUGUGCUGCUUCAGGUUUCUGUUAAUUGGUUUGUUUACGAUGCUCACACGUUGCACAGCACAGGCCAGGACAACAUGAAUGACAAGAACAACACUGAGGAGAUUCAGAGGGUAUUUCAAGAUGCCCCUGCAGAUAGACAGGCUCUCCUGGACAACUAUAGCAACCUGCACAAGGUAGCUGAGUACUGUGAGAGCAACUACUUGCAGGGGGAAGACCAGGCAAAGGCUCUGGAGGAGACAAAAGCCUUCACCACCCAAUCCCUGGCCAGUGUAGCAUACCAGAUCAGCACUCUCGCCACCAGAGUGCUCAGACUGCUGGACCUGCAGACUGACCAGAUGACCAGGAUGGAGUCUUCUGUGAACUUGGUCGCACAGAUGGUGGACAUGCACCGGGAAAAAGUGGCCCGCCGGGAAAUUGGUGCCUUCACCACCGCCAGGAAAAUGCCCCGGAUCCAGAAAACCAUUCCUCCCGCUAGCCAGGAGCCGGGAGGCAGGUACAUCCGGAAUCUCAUUACCUACACUGAACUGGAUUCCAUAGGGCAUGGUGUGAAGAGCAUGAGCCAACAGCUGGGCAAAACUGACACCUUGAACAUGAAACCGUCACCGGACAGCAGCGAGGCCCAGGGGACACUGGGGAGGAGUUCUCGAGCCCCUGAACCUGUCCAAUGUCCUGUUGUUCCAUCGGUGUCCCGCGGACUGUCCGUGUCCUCUCUCAAUGAGCGUUCCACUGGUUCCAGUUUUGGGAUCGCGGUGCCCCCUCCUACAGUGCCUGCCUUCAGUGUAUCGGACAUCCCGCCACCUGUCUUGGAGGAGUACCCGCUGCCCCCUCCCCUGGAUAUUCCCCCUCCACCUCCGCCAGCCCCCGCUAUCCCAUCAGUCCCUGCUGCAGCUCUAGACCCCCCUCCUCCUCCUGCAUUCUUAAUAGGAGAAAAUGGUUUCCCCCCACCUAUGAUGUCAGACCUUCUCCCACCUCCUCCAAUGGCUGACGGCCUACCAGCGCCUCUCCCGUCCAAUAGGCUCAGUUCAGCCUCCUCUCUGCAAUGCUUUCAGCUCCAUUGUAAAAGGCUGAGAGUGCAGCGCUACUCUACCAUCUCCCGUCAAGCCCGUUUGGGGCGCUUGGGUCUCUCUCUGCGCUCACUGCAUGUCCAGGGGCACAGCCUGUCGCUCUCCUCCCUGCACACAUUGAUCAUUCCACCCCCGCCUCCCUACCGCCCCGCUCUAGCCCCACUCCUCCCACAGAUAAACCUCACCGAGCUCUCCAGCCGCUUUCAGCAAAUUGAGGUGGGUUUCCAGGCCUCUUACCCUCCGCCGGAGAUGUACAACGAGUUUGAUGACUGCAGUCCCCCUCCCCCUCCCCCUGCGGACUUUGAUGACGGGGCUCCUCCCAAUUACGUGGAGAAAGUAGUCGCGCUGUACGCCUACAGCACUGACAAGGCUGACGAGCUCUCGUUUGAAGCGGGAGAGAUUAUUUUCGUCACCAAGAAGAAUGCUGAUGGCUGGUACGAAGGGGUCCUGAACGGCGUGGAAGGAUUCUUCCCUGAAAACUACGUGGGGCCGGCCCAUUAACAGUGCAGCAGGUCAAGGAGGACGUAAACAAACCAAGCAGUCAACCAAGCCUGCUUCUUGAUUAAGCGCAUAAAGACUAAACUGUGCAAGAAUGUACUCAGUAGACACCAACGGCUGGUUUCACAGGCCAGGGUUAUUGUUGGAUUGCUUUAGCUGAGGUAACAUAGGGUAAUCGGGGUUUGUGAAACUAGCCGUAAGAAUUCAUAUCGCUGCCUAAAGAUGAAAAUCAUCAGGGUUACCAUUGCUUAAAAAAAACUUUUAGUAAAAAAAAAAAAAAAAAAAGUAGAGCUGAUAACGCAUGCUUAUAAAGAAUCCAUUAUUGUUAUUAAUACUAUUUCAUGUUUUACAUGUGUUUUAAAUUGUUUGCACUUUUGAAUGGGACUGGACAAAAAAAAAAACCAGAUUGCUUUGUUAAAAUGUUUCUAUUUAACUUUAAUGGAUUAAUACAGAGCAUAUAGCACCCCCUGGUGGCUAUAUAUUAGACAGUCCAGAGUUCAUUUAAGGGACUGUGAGAUCAAAAUGUUUUAUAUUAUAAUGCAACAGGCACUUACAAAAAAAAGUAAAUGGCUCAGAGAUAAUAUAUAAAUGAUAAAUUAUAAACAAUAAAAAUGAUACUGUAUUA